AUAUGUGUAACAGCAACAACUGCACCCUGAAAAUUAUACAAGAAUAGAAAAUGGUCUACUUUGUAACAACAACUUCUUUUGGAUCAUUUUAGAUUUUCCUUCAAUUUAAAGAGAAUGCAGGAACUUUAAUAAAAAUGAAGAAAUCGUUUUAUCAUUUUUAUCAUAUAAAACUAAAGAAUUUAUUUACUCGUUGUUUAUUGCUGUACAGCCAACCACUGUAGAGCAAUUUAACACUUUCUUUUUUUUGCACGCCAUCACAUUGGAGCAGAGGUUUCUUUUUAAACUACCAUGAAACCAAUCGAGUUUUGUAAUUAGAGGAAUGUUUUUUUUACAUUCAUUUAUUUAAUUUACUUAAUUUAUUAUAUAAAUGUAGUAUUAUGUGAAUUAUGUUGUUCAAAAAUGAGUGGACUGGUCAUUUUUACUGAUUUGGUCCACAAAACUAAUAUAAAAGGUUCCGUUUUGCAUUCCUUUAAGCCUGUCUUCUGUCCCGGAAAAGAUAAGAACCAGAUCAACCGGCACAGAUGCACAGUUGUGCCAGAUCACUUCACUCAAAAGGAUCUAUUGGUUUAGCUUAAGUUCUUUAAAACAUGAAUGUAUUUUUUUUAGUUUUUUUCUGUAACUCGGUAACUGCAGUGAAACAUUACCUGGAAUAUUUUUCCACUGCCACAUCUGGAUUCCCAGAAUUUCCAGAGAUGAUGGGGAUGGCAAAUGUGGAUAGAGUUUAUGUUGGUAGCUGCAGCAUGGUAAUCCACAGAACGGAGCCAAGAGACAAACUGAUAAAAAAGUUUAUUGAAGAAAACGCUGAGCAUAUUCGGUGGUAUUAUGUAGAGUGUCAGGAAAACCAAGGGUUCUUCAACAGCAUCAUCGAUGGAUUGAUGAAACGCACAAAUCAAACUGGAGGUAAACAUGUCUUCCAGCAGUAUUGUGGCUGUGAAUGGGAUGAUGAAACUGGAAAAACUAAAGGAUUUGAUAGAUACGCUUAUGAUGGUGAAGAUUUCCUAAGACUUGAUCUGCAGAAACAUGAAUGGACUGCUUUAUCAGAAAAAGCUCUUGUUACCAAACUGAGCUGGGAAAAUGAUGAUAGCGUAAAACACUCUGAAUACUUCUUCACUAUCCAGUGUCCAGACUGGCUUAAAACAUAUCUGGCAUACGCAAGAGAAUAUAUACAUAGAACAGUUUUUCCAUCAGUGUCACUCCUCCAGAAGUCUUCCUCCUCUUUAAUCAGCUGCCAUGCUACAGGCUUUUUUCCUGACACAGUCGAUCUGUUCUGGAUGAAGGAUGGAGAAGAAUUUCAUGAAGGUGUAGAAAAAGGAGAGAUCCUCCCCAAUGAUGAUGAAAGCUUCCAGAUGAGCGUUCAUCUGAACACUUCUUCAUUAACGCCUGAAGACUGGAAGCACUUCAGCUGUGUGUUUCAAUUCUCUGGCAGUAGAGGAAACAUCACCGUCAGUCUGGACAAAACCAAGAUCAGGAGUAACCAUGACAAAAAUAAAAACAGCGCUAGAGUAAAUACAGGUUCCUCUUCAAGAAAUCACUGGGGUGCUGGAGCAGCUCUAUUUCUUCUAGUACCAAUAACUAUUUGGAUAUUUGUCUGCAAAAGAAAGAACAAAGAUCUCCACGUGGAUGAAGAGCCGAUGAUGUAAGAAUAGCAAAUCCAAAGUUUGUUUUACAAGACUGCACUGAGAUCUUCUCUAAUGAACUAUGAAUGUUCAUGAUGAACACUUCAAUAUUUGGACAGAACAAAAGUACUGCAUUGUACAUUGAAGUUUUACUCCCGUUUGCUGUACCUAAUGAGGGUAUGAGUUCUGCAGUUAUUUUUGUUAUGAUGUCAUAUUUAUGUCUUUGUUUAACUGACAUUCGAUCAUUUACACACAUUUUAUCUGUGUUAAGUGGUAAAGGUGUCAUGGAUUUUGAAUUUAUUUUGGUGAUAAUAUCAUAACUUCAUGUUAUUGUAUCAAAUGUGUUUUUUCCAAUAGUUUUCUGCUUUCCUGAGUUGAUUUGUAUGGCAAUGCAAAAAUCUGCUCCCUUAAACUCACCAAUUACUGCAUAGUUAUCCUAAUAAUUAUGUAGCCAUCCAUAAUGUCUAUUUUUUUUAAUUGUUGUUAUUUGUACAGGUUAAUCACUUGAGAAUUUGGAUCUCAUUUACAAGAGAGAUGUUUAACCAAAAUAACAAAAGCAUUGAUACACAUGGUUACAAUUCACCAAAGAAGAAGAAUCAAAUAUGACAUUUGAACAUUUACUGGUGAACUAAAUGUUACAAGCUAUGGUGUUUGUGUAUAUUUGUAAGUUAUUAUAAUGUAUACAUUUGUUUGAUAAAAAUAUUAUGUUGCUAGUGACAAUUCUUUAUUGCUCCUGUGGAGCUACAUUCUUUGUAUGUAAAUUUCUUAACUUGUGAAUGUUGAACUAAAACUUUUAUUAGUUUCUCCUUGCUUUCCUUUUUUUAUAGUAUCUAUUUUGUAUGUUGAAUUCCUUCUUCUAUAACUUGCCAAGCAUUUAUCAUGAAACUUUAAUUGUUUACAACUAUUUCUAUUGAAAUAUUUUAUGUGACAAACACAAAAUACAAAGAUAUUCUGUCUGUCAGGGUUUUUGCUUUUUCCAGGCCAGUUAAAUUAUGUUUUUGUACUCACGUGUCCGGUCUUGGUAUAAGCUCAUUCCAUUUAUCUGCACCAGCUUGUAUUUUAUCUUUAUACGUUUUGGAUUUCUUCCAUUCUAUUCCAGUUUGCUGUUUUCUUCUUAACAUUCUUGUGUUGUUUCCAAGCGUCUGUAAAAUCUUCUAACUUUUUUUCUGGACAUGAACCUUGAGUUUAAGCCUAAGUGAAGGAUUCUGACCAUAGUAUUUCUUUUUCUUAGAUUUAGAUUGUCAAAUUGUGAAUUUUAACAAUGACAAACCAGAUGAAAGUUCCAUACAGAUGAAUUGUUGAAACAAAGGUCUUCUCGACAGGACCAUCGACUAUUCACACAAUAUAAAACAUGAUGAAGUGUCUGACCUGCUGGCAAUGCAUCUUCAUAAGCUGUACAUUUUUUAUGUUUUUAAUGUGUUUUAAUGUUUUUCAAUGUGUUUGAAAUGUUUUAUCAUGAGGUAAAGAUAAGACAAAUAUAAUAUCCUAAUAAACGUCUGUAAAGUUGUUUAUUCUUACGCACUGUUGAUCUUUAUGGUGCAGGGACGGUAGGAAGGCAAGUUAAUAGGCAGAGAUAGACAAGUAAAUGCAAAAACAAAAGAGUACUCUAUUUAGUGUAACCUGUGGAAGAUGAGACUUCGAGACAGAAUACCUGAAAAUGCAUAAUACAUU